AUGCAAGCGAGUGCUGGUUUAGUGGCAGGAUCUCACAACCGGAACGAGCUCGUAGUUAUCCUUUGUGAUGAGGACUCUUCUCGAAAAGCGGCGGAACAUUUAAGUGGCCAAACAUGUCAUAUAUGCGGGGAUGAUGUAGGACUGACCAUUGAGGGAGAGCUGUUCGUUGCCUGCAAUGAGUGUGCCUUCCCCAUUUGCCGCGCUUGCUACGAAUACGAGCGCAGGGAAGGAAGUCAAGUGUGCCCUCAGUGCAAGACCAGAUUCAAACGUCUCAAGGGCUGUCCUAGAGUGGAUGGGGAUGAAGAAGAAGAUGACAUUGAUGACCUGGAGAAUGAGUUCAAUUUGGAGGGAAGGAGCAACGGGCAGGAUAUGAACCAUGGUUUUGCUGCCGAUGCAAUCACCUGUGUCUCUGAUCUGCCUCGUGUUAUUGUUCAUCCGGAUUACCAACUUCCCCUUCUCACUAAUGGUCAAAUGGUUGAUGACACACCCCCUGACCAGCAUGCUUUGGGCCCUUCCUUCAUGGGUGGUGGUGGCAAGAGGAUCCACCCCCUUCCUUUUCCAGAUCCCUCUCUUCCCGUGCAACCUAGAGCCAUGGAUCCUUCCAAGGAUUUAGCUGCUUAUGGCUAUGGAAGUGUUGCUUGGAAGGAGAGGAUUGAGAUUUGGAAACAAAAGCAAGAAAAAUUACAUAUGAUGAAGUCUGAUGAUGGUAGCAAAGAUGGCUAUUUUGAUGACCUUGAUUUACCAUUAAUGGAUGAAGCUAGACAACCAUUGUCAAGAAAGUUGCGCAUUCCAUCAAGCCAAAUCAACCCAUACCGGAUGAUCAUCCUAAUUCGACUCGUAGUUCUUGGAUUUUUCUUUCACUAUCGAGUCAUGCACCCUGUGAAUGACGCCUAUGCGUUAUGGCUUGUAUCUGUCAUUUGUGAAAUCUGGUUUGCUCUUUCAUGGAUUUUUGAUCAAUUCCCGAAGUGGUUUCCAAUUGACAGGGAAACUUAUCUGGAUAGGUUAUCCUUAAGGUAUGAGAAGGAGGGGCAACCUUCUCAACUUUCUCAUGUUGACGUAUUCGUGAGUACAGUUGAUCCGGUAAAAGAACCCCCACUGGUGACUGUAAACACUGUUCUAUCCAUUCUUGCAGUGGAUUACCCUGUUGAAAAGGUCUCUUGUUAUGUUUCUGAUGAUGCCGCUGCUAUGAUAACAUUUGAGGCACUGUCUGAAGCAUCCGAAUUUGCAAGGAAGUGGGUCCCCUUUUGUAAGAAGUUUAACAUUGAACCCCGGGCACCUGAGAGGUACUUUGCUCAAAAGAUAGACUACCUCAACGACAAGGUGUUACCAUCAUUUGUGAGGGAAAGGAGAGCAAUGAAGAGAGAGUAUGAAAAGUUCAAAGUCCGCAUCAAUGCUUUGGUUGCCAAGGCUCGAAAGGUUCCAGAAGAAGGGUGGACUAUGCAGGAUGGAACUCCAUGGCCUGGGAAUAAUAUCCGUGAUCAUCCUGGAAUGAUUCAGGUUUUUCUUGGACAAAGACAUGACAUUGAUGGAAAUGAUUUGCCACGCCUGGUGUAUGUUUCUAGAGAAAAGAGACCGAGGUUUUCUCACCAUAAAAAUGCUGGAGCAAUGAAUGCUUUGGUUCGAGUCUCUGCUGUGCUCACAAAUGCUCCAUAUGUAUUAAAUUUGGGUUGCAAUCACUACAUUAAUAAUAGUAAGGCUCUUAGAGAGGCAAUGUGUUUCAUGAUGGAUCCAUUGCUAGGAAAGAGAGUGUGUUACGUCCAGUUCCCCCAGAGGUUUGAUGGCAUUGACAGUCAUGACCGAUAUGGCAACACGAACACCGUAUUCUUUGAUAUUAAUAUGAAAGGUUUGGAUGGCAUUCAAGGUCCUAUGUAUGUUGGUACCGGAUGUGUAUUUAGAAGAAUAGCACUUUACAGUUAUGAUGCUCCAAAACCGAAGAAGCCACCAACAAGGACAUGCAACUGUUGGCCUAAGUGGUGCUGUGGAUGCUUUUGCUCAGGAAGGAGAAAGAAGAAGCAACCUAAUAAACAACGGAAGGCAAGAAAUUCUAAGCAAAGAGAUGAAGAAGCAUCACCACUUGUGUGUACUGCUACUGAUGGUAUCGAAGAAGGUGUUAGCUUGAAUACAGGGAAGGCAGGGAAUAAUUUUGCUAUGUCUGAGCAGAAGUUAGAAAAGAAGUUUGGGCAGUCCCCUACUUUUAUUGCCUCUACCUUACUAGAGGAUGGUGGAACACUGAAUGGUGCUAUCCCUGCAUCUCUGCUUAAAGAAGCCAUCCAUGUCAUCAGUUGUGGCUAUGAAGAUAAAACAGAGUGGGGAAAAGAGGUUGGAUGGAUCUAUGGCUCAGUUGCGGAGGACAUAUUAACAGGAUUUAAAAUGCACUGCCAUGGGUGGCGAUCCAUAUAUUGUGUUCCUGCUAGGCCAGCAUUUAUGGGAUCUGCUCUCAUCAAUGUUUCCGAUCGUCUGAACCAGGUCCUCCGAUGGGGCCUUGGAUCUAUUGAAAUAUUUUUGAGCAGGCAUUGUCCUCUUUGGUAUGGAUACGGAGGUGGUCUAAAGUGGUUGGAGCGUCUUUCUUACGUAAAUGCCACUGUAUAUCCAUGGACCUCGAUUCCUCUGGUGGCAUAUUGUACUCUUCCAGCUGUUUGCCUGCUGACAGGGAAUUUCAUCAUUCCAGAGCUCAGCAAUGUUGCUAGCUUGUGGUUCGUGUCGCUUUUCAUUUGUAUUUUUGCAACAAGCAUCUUGGAAAUGAGAUGGAGUGGAGUCGGUGUUGAUGAAUGGUGGAGGAAUCAACAAUUUUGGGUGAUUGGAGGGGUUUCAGCGCAUCUAUUUGCUGUAUUCCAAGGCCUUUUAAAGGUUAUAGCUGGUGUUAAUACGAACUUCAGUACUAUGACUUCCAAGGCAGGGGACGAUGGAGAGUUCUCCGAGCUGUAUGAAUUGAAGUGGACAACUUUGCUCAUCCCCCCAACAACACUGCUAAUAGUAAACCUGAUAGGAGUGACUGCAGGUAUCUCAAAUGCAAUAAAUAAUGGUUAUGAUUCAUGGGGACCAUUGCUUGGUAAGCUUUUUUUUGCCUUCUGGGUUCUUGCUCACCUCUAUCCCUUCCUGAAGGGCUUGUUGGGUCGAGGGAAUAGGACUCCCACGAUUAUUAUUAUCUGGUCAACUUUGCUAGCUUCGGCCUUCUCACUUUUGUGGGUUCAUGUGAACCCAUUCGUGGCCAAAUCAAAUGGCCCGCCUUUGGAGGAAUGUGGCUUGGACUGUGAUUAG